CCAGUAAAGCAAUGUUAGAAUUGUUAAAUGUUUAAUUUUGGUAAAAAAAUAUUUAAUGUUUUAUGAACUUUAUAAAGAAAGAAAGAAAGAAAGAAAAAUGUAAAAUAACUCAAACAUACAAUACUCUCUUUUUAUCUUUCAUGUGAGUAAAAGAAAAGAGUGAGUAUUUUUUAAAUGAGAACCAUAGAGAUUAGAUACCAAAGCACUAGAUAUGCAUAAAUGAUACUCUACUGAACAUUAAUUUCAGUUCAUGUGAUACACACAGGACACAACUUUACAAAAAGACAAUUAGUAGAGAUUAGAGAAUAGAGAAUAGAGAUUCGCGGGUUAGCUUGUCCUUGACAUAACUUAGCUCAAUUCGUCUUUAAUUUUGGGAUUAAUAAAUGACUAAAACUAGUUGCUGAAAAGUUGAUGAGUUACACGUUAAGGUAGUAAUGGAAAUCCUUUUGUUACUAAAGGUAGUAUUGGAAAUUUGUAAUGGAAAUAUGUAGUUGAAUUACUAUAAAUUUUUUUGUUUCUUGUGAAACUCGAACUAGAAUGAAAAAUUAAUGGGUGUAUAAAUUACUAAAUUAAGUAUAUAUAAUAAAGAGAAGCCAGUACUCAAAAAAAAAUUCAUAAUAAAGAGUCAUGGAAAAUACCUACGUUGCACGGAAGCUUUAUCGGAAAAUACCUACAUUGAGGUUUUUAUUAAAGAUAAAUCAUGUAUUCAAAUAUAUUAUGUCAAUUAAUAUAAAGUAUUAAAAAUAAUUAAUAUAAUUUUUUUUUUUAAUUUAAUGUAUGUGUAUUUUCACAUUUUAAUAUAAAAUAUUUCAAAAUUAUUAUAAAUGAAUAAAUGAAUAAAUUCUUUAAUUUAAAUUUAAAUCAUAUAAUUUUUAAUUCUAGAUAUUUUAAAAAAUUCCUAUAUAUAUAUGGAGACGCUUCCAACACGUACCCGCUUUCUAAUUGUUUUAGAAAUCUCGCUUCUUCGCUUCCGUUUCCAUGUAACAUAGGAAAAUACACAUACUUUAAAGGUGUUAUAUUUGGAAUUUGUAACGUGUUACAAGGAUAAAAUUGUAUAAACUAUUUGUUGUAAAAAAAGGGGGCCCGUUAUAAAAUAUAUAUAUGGUUUUGUAAAUAAAAAAAAGGAAGCUGAAUCAAAUGUACAUAGGAAGCUAAAUAUUUUGUUUUUUCCUUUCUCAAAAAAAAAAAAACAUUAAGUGAUGAUCUUGGCUAUCGAAUCUCUGAAGAACAUGCGCGUGAAGGGUGUCGUGUUCAGUGGAGGCCAGAAAGACUCUCUUAAUAGUCUUGCUUUCAUCUCUCCGUCCUUUGAUCAACUAUAUUCUCAGUUUGUUGGAGUGCUAUAUGAAGUUGAGAACACGUGCGCAAUGGCAAAAAAAUCAAGUGGCUGAUCAGAUUUUGCAGCUAGUGUCACAAGUGAACAGCGGUACCAGUCAUAUAGUUCAAAAAGGUUCAUCUCGGCUGUCGGACCUUUUCGUUUCUGAAGCUAGGGGGGCUAUGAUGGCUUAGAUUCAAGUUUCGGCCAACUGUUUCAGCAAACUGUCUGCUUCAACUCCAGGUGUGGUUACCUAUGUUUCUGCUUAUGAGUAUCCAGGUGUCUCUGUUGUUGAAUUUAUUUCCAAAUUGUAUGAACUUCUCGGUUUACAAAUAAACGCAGCUUUAAAAAACAACAUUUACUGACCAUCUUUUUGGAAACUCAUCUUAGUCUUUUUUUUUUGUAAAAAACGUAUCAUCUCUUUUAACAACUUCUAUGUCCUUAAAUGUUGAUUGUGAUAAUAGUUAUGUUUAUUAAGCCUUUUGUGCUAACACUAAGAUAAGUAUUGUGACUUUCAAAUAUUAGUGACAAAUGACAAUACAAUACAUUGCAGAAAUUUUAUUCAACUUUAAAAAUGUUAAUUUUUGGUAAAGUUCGAUUUAAUAAAAAUAUUAUAUACAUAAAAUCAAAUUAUGAGUAAAGGAAAAAUGAUUCUUUGACCAGAAAUAUAUAUUUUUAAAAUUAGUUUUAAAAUAUAUUUAAAACUGUAAUAUGAUAUAUUAUGUGUCGACCAUGUUUGUAUGAAAUCUAAUCAAUAAAUUUAGAUAAAUAAUUAAAUUAUUCAUUGACAAAAAAUUACUAUAUAAAACGAAAAAUUAUAGAUUAAUCUGUAUCCAGAAAAAUGAUGUGUAUAUAUAACCGCGUCAAGACAGUUAGUCGAAUAAUUUUUUUAUUACAAUAAGAAUCAAAUGAAACAAUAUGCAUAUGAAAUGAAAAUGAAGCAUGCUAUCGACAUAAUUAGAGGUUGACUUGAUACCCUUAAGCUUCAUUACCAUUAUUUUGAGCUAAGAAAGGAGUCAACUUGGAGGCCAUGUACGUUUUAUGUCGACAUUGUUUCGCCAUUCACUUAAAAAAAGGAAAAGGAAUAAUAUUCUUUAUCUUAGAUCUUUAUUCAUUUUUAUAUAUUUUUUAUUGUUAAAAGUAGUCUAGGAGACCAAGCUAACUCGUGACGACGUGUCUGAACGAGUCUAAUUUACUAAGAAAUCCAAUAUGUUUUCUCUUCUUUUCUUCCUUAAUAGUCGCUCUCGACUACUUUUACGAUGCACUCAUUUUCAUUUAAUCAUUUUACAACAUAAAAUAACGUUUGGUAAAUCAGGAAACCAAUACCAUAUCAAGUUCAACCUAAAACAAAUUCACCUUAGUUUGAGUUCCCCAAGAACAAAAACUACUAUUCUAUAAUUUAGUGCGGUAAAACUAAGGAAUCUCUUUUAAGAAAAAUCAUUUGAAUUCGAAUUCCAACGAGUAUCCAUUUAUCAUCUUCUGCUUUCAUUGGAUAAAACUAUUAAAAUACAUUUAUAAUCAAAAAAUUAUUCAUUUGAUCUAAUUGUCUUGACACGGUUAUAUAUACAUCAUUUUUUUGAAUACAUGUUAUUCUAUAAUUUUUGUUUAUUAUAGUAAUUUUUUGUUAAUGAACAAUGUAAUUAUUUUUAAGAAAAAAAACUAUUAACAAAAAAAUUAGAUAACAAGAUAAAUAAAUUUCACAAUGUCAAAAGCAAAUGAUUUUAAUCACACACAAAACAUAUAUAUAUAUACACUAUUUUAUCACACAAUUGUCUCGAGUCCACCCCCACCCUAUCCUAGGUGUAUAUAUAUAUAUAUAUCUCUAAGCACAAUGAGAAUGCUAAUUUUGAUUUCCUUCAUUAGUACUAAGACUUUGAGAGUAUAUAACUCAAUUAUAUUAGUUAAUAUGGAUCAUAUGAGAUAAUAUAUAUUUCCCCCAUUCUCAAAAAAUUAAUCUAAAUUUUUUUAAAAAUCAAACUUUAACAUUUUAUGCAUUUUUAUUAGCUAAUAACGUUAAACAUAUUAUUUACUAAUAAAAAUAUAAUUAAUCAUAGAAAAUGAUGUGUUUAUAAUAAAAAUUUAAUAUGUUUUCUUAAUAUGUGUAAAUUACACAAAAAUCUAUUAUAUGAACAUGAAUAUACAAUAAUGAACUUUUGGAUAUAUAUUAUUUUGGGGUUCAAAAAAUAUUUUCUUAUAAUAUUGCAUUUUUAUUUUUUUCCGUUCAACAAAAUUUGGUUUUCUUGCUCAAAAGGUAAUUAGCUUAAAAUGGAUUUGAAAACUAUGAUGCAUAUCAUAUGUGAAAACAAAAAUAAAUAGAAGUUUUGAAAUACAUAUGUGGUGGAUUCCGAAAAUGUUAUGAUCCUUAAUAAAAAAAUAGGGUAUGACUACCAAACAUAAAGUGAUAACCAUAGAUAACAUAAAAAAAAACUUGAAUUAUUUAACGCCGGGAUCUAGAAAAAGUAUUCUACUACGUAUUCCAUUGUCUCUUUACUAUUCCAAUUUUUAUGUUUUAUUAAAAGAAGUCCACGAAUGAUUUUGGCUGCCUAUACGUCAAAUUUCAGAACAGUAACUUUUUACUAAUUUAGAGAAAGUUCGUUUCUAUAAAAAACAUAACCGGAAUCAAGAUCUCUAAAAGAAGUGAGAGUUUUAUAAGAAAUAUUAUUAUUUGGAUGACCAAUAUUUUUCUUAUAUACAACAAUUCUAAGAACUUUUGAUAUGAGAUUUUAUUUCUAAUAAUAUCGUCUUUCAAGAAAAAUGGUUCGUUAUUCUUAUAUGUAGUCGCAUGUUCGAGGCUUGUCAAUUGUCAUCCGUACUUUAAGCAUAUGCCACAGCCAAUGUAAACUUGGUUAGCAAAUAAGAUUACAUUCCUAACUAUUUGGUACUUGCCUAUUUGAUAUUGGAAGGUAAUUGAUGUUCAUGAUCGUAUUUUCUAGACAAAUCGGAAGUCUCGUAUAAGCCCAUUGCUUCUUCUCCUUUUUCUUUGUCGAGAUAUCAGUUAUAACUAUUGCUUUAAGUACUGUACAAAAGCAAAUUUGAAUACAUUGCAUCCUUCUUUAAAACAACGAUUGACUUUCAAUUAAUUUGUCUAUUAAAAGAUUCAUCAAAGAUUAAACAAUUUAGCUCAUUAAGCUCGAUUUUUUUUUUUUAGUUUCACUACCUCAUAUCUUUGCUAAUGAAUGGCUACAAAAAUUUAUCUCAAAUUUAUAUGAUAUUAAUAUAGUAUAUAUACACAAUCAGAUACUUCCAUUUCCAUACCAAUAUAUUCAGAAACCCUAAAUUAUAACAAGACAGACAGAAUGAUGAAGAAGGUGAAACUCUUACUCUUCUUCAUCUCCAUUUCCCUGCUCCUGAUCGCCGUUGCUCAAGCCCAGGAUAGCCAUGAGGGCCAUUCACAUUCCGGGAAGCCUCAAUGCGAGUGCUCACACGACGACGACCACGAAAACAAAGCCGGAGCUCGCAAAUACAAAAUCGCAGCCAUCCCAACCGUUCUACUCGCCGGAGUGAUCGGUGUUCUCUUCCCUCUCUUAGGCAAAGUCUUCCCUUCUUUGCGUCCCGAGACAUCUUUCUUCUUCGUCACGAAAGCUUUCGCUGCCGGAGUUAUCCUGUCUACCGGAUUCAUGCACGUCUUGCCUGAGGCUUACGUGAUGCUUAACUCGCCGUGUCUCACGUCGGAAGCGUGGGAGUUUCCGUUCACCGGAUUCAUCGCCAUGGUGGCAGCGAUCUUGACGCUGUCCGUUGAUACGUUUGCUACUUCGAGUUUCUAUAAAUCGCAUUGCAAAGCGUCCAAAACGAUCAUUGAUGGAGAGUCCGGUGAGCCAUCCGUGGACUCUGCCAAGGUCCAGAUACUCAGGACAAGAAUUAUUGCACAGGUACUGGAGCUGGGAAUAAUAGUACAUUCAGUGGUAAUAGGAAUAUCACUUGGAGCUUCACAAAGUCCAGAAGCCGCAAAAGCUCUCUUCAUUGCCUUAAUGUUUCAUCAAUGCUUCGAAGGUCUUGGCCUUGGUGGUUGUAUUGCUCAGGGAAAAUUCAAGUGUUUGUCAGUAACAAUAAUGUCGACGUUCUUCGCGGUAACAACACCAAUAGGUAUCGUUGUUGGAAUGGGAAUAUCAGAUACGUACGAUGAGUCUUCUCCAACGGCUCUGAUCGUUCAAGGAGUAUUAAACGCUGCAUCCGCAGGUAUUCUCAUCUACAUGUCUCUGGUCGACCUUCUCGCAGCAGACUUCAUGCACCCUAAGAUGCAAUCCAAUACUGGGCUUCAAAUCAUGGCCCACAUUUCUCUUCUUCUUGGUGCUGGUCUCAUGUCUUUAUUGGCUAAAUGGGCUUGAUGAUUCCUUUAUUCUAAAACUUUCGUUGUUUUGUUCAUGUCAUUUUAAUGGUUAGCGUGGACUACUCACAUCUUGUCUAUGUUGUUAACCAUUUGUUUCUUAAUUCUGCUUUUUCAGUUCUAAUUUUGAGCAUCUCUAUUUUCUGGCCCAUAUUCAUGUCUACAUGUGCAAAAGUUAUUUGAGUUAUGUAUAAUUGAUUCAUGUCCCAGAAAAGUAAUGAGCCUUGAUUGGUUGCUUGUGUGAGUGUGAUUUGUAAUAAUCUAUAAUAUCAUAUUUAUUUGUGUGUUAUAUAACAUAUCUUAUAUAUAGUUUAGGAAUUAGAAUAUUAUAUAAAGAGAUUUAUUGUUUAUGCAUGGCGAAGAUUCGGUUUUUGGUAGUAAAAAAUUUCAAAUUACAACACAUGCAUGAUCUUUUAAGAAACGACUGUCUACACAAUAUUAUGAAACCUCUAAGAGCAUCCAUGAUGGUGGCACCCAUUGUCGAGUCCAUAGGAUUAGUUUAGUAAUAUAUAUUUUUUUUUUGAAUAGUUAAAGACUCUUGUUAAAAAUGUGUGUACAAUGGUGAUCCCGAAGUUGGAAUCCGCAAGAAAAAAAAUGCUUUUUUUAGUGAAAUAUAAAUAAACAUAAAAUACAUUAAUUAAUACAUUAAUUAAUCCAUAACUUAACAUAAAAAUACAAUAAAUAAACAUAAAAAACAAUAAUUAAACAUAAAAUACAUUAAUUAAACAUAAAAACAAAAUUUUUACAUAAAUAUAGAAUAAUUGUUAAUCUUCAUCACCAAAUUUAUUCCAAAUAUUUUGAAUUAAAUCAUUUUUCAAUCUUUCAUGCGUUUGCCUAUCACGAAGAUCAUUCCGAGUGGGAAAGAUAUUAUUCAGAUUUGUUGGCCUCUCGGUUUCCACCUCUGAACAUCUGGGGGCGUCUCCUUCUUCAAAUUCAGAUAUAUCAAUACGAGAGUAUCCAUCCCGUUCAUCUUCGACUAUCUUAUUGUGGAGUAUGAUACAUGCUCUCAUAAUCUUCCCUAUCUUUUCUUUGUUCAAUGUUUUUACCGGAUUUCUCACAAUUGCAAAUCGAGAUUGCAAAACUCCAAAAGCCCGCUCCACAUCUUUUCGGCUUGCUUCUUGAACUUUAGCAAAUAACUCUUGUUGAGGAGUUUUAGGGAGUGUGAUAGAUUGGAUAAAUGUUGACCAUUUUGGAUAUAUACCGUCUGUGAGGUAGUACACCAACUUAUACGUGUGUCCGUUGACCAUGUACUUUACCUUCGGAGCUCGACCUUGUAAAAUGUCAUCAAAAACAGGAGACCGAUCGAGGACAUUAAUAUCGUUUAAGGUACUUGGAGGACCAAAAAAGGCGUGCCAUAUCCAAAGAUCUUGGGAAGCUACAGCCUCUAAGACAAUUGUCGGUUUUCCUGAUCCACGUGCGUAUUGUCCUUUCCAAGCGGUUGGGCAAUUUUUCCACUCCCAAUGCAUACAAUCAAUGCUCCCGACCAUCCCAGGAAAUCCUCGUUUCUCUCCAAUAUCGAGUAGCCGUUGAAGAUCCUCCGGUGUGGGUCGUCGUAGAUACUCAUCUCCGAAUAAUUGUAUUAUUCCGUCUGUGAAAUUAUGUAAACACGAAAGUGCAGUGGUCUCAGCAAGUCGGAGAUAUUCGUCAACGGUGUCAGCCGCAGUACCAUAAGCAAACAGACGAAUAGCUGCAGUACAUUUUUGUAGUGCCGUAAGACUCCACCUCCCGGUUGCAUCUCUUCUUUGCUGAAAGAAUGGAAAUCACUCUUCUAGGCCAUGAACAAGACGCAAGAAUAAAUUCUUAUUCAUGCGGAAACGGCGUCUGAAAAAUUCAGUCGAGAAUGUCGGAUCUUCGCUGAAGUAGUCAUUCCAUAAUUGGUCUUGUCCUCCUUUGCAGUGUCGUUCAACAUACUGACGUGUCCUUUGUGGUAUGGUUUGGGCCUCCACCAUGUCGUUGUAUAUUUCUUCCACGUAUUCAUCGCAAAUUUUGUCCAAUCUUUCAUCGACUUCAUCGGAUGAAGAUGAUGACAUAUCUAGAAAAUAAUUAAAUUAUCUAUAAGUUAAACAAAUAAGAUUGUAUAGACUUUUUAUUAUGGUUUUUAUAAAAUUAUGUUUUUAUUAAAUUUUUAAGAAAUAAUAAAAUUAUCUAUAAGUUAAACUCAUAAGAUUGUAUAGACUAUUUUAUUAUGGUUUUUAUAAAAUUAUUUAUGUUUUUAUAAAAAAUUUAAGAAAUAAUUAAAUUAUGUAUAAGUUAAACUGAUAAGAUUGUAUAUACUUUUUUAUCAUGGUUUUUAUAAAAUUUUGAAGAAAUAUAAAAUUAUCUAUAAGUUACUAACCGUUUGGGAUAGAUUGCUUGUAUGGUUGGGAUGGAUUGCUUGUAUGCUGGAAAUAGUGGUACCUGAGUUCUUCUCUUUACACAAGUUGUAUAAGAAUCAGAUUUUUAAGGUGGAACCAAGGUUUAAAAUCUGAAAACAAAGAGAAUCGAUUUUUAUGAGUUUAGAGUUUUUAUGAUGCAAACAGAAACAAAUAUGAAUAUGAAUCAAAAUGAUAAUAUGAAUUAAAACAAAUAGAAAAAGGAUAGAUUGAUGAAGAUGGGAUCUUUGUUGCUGGAUGUAUAUCGCUCUCAACAAGGAUCGAUGGAUGGAAGAUGAAUGAAGAUGGAACCGGUCUUGCUGGAUGUGUAUCACUCUCAAGAUCGAUUGGUGGAUGGAAAUGGGAUGAUGGACGCCACAAAGCUCUGUGAAAGGAGGCUUUGAUAAGUCUGGAUGCUCAAGAGCUGCUUCUCACAAUACUCUAAGACUUAGAACAAUAGUUUUGAAAAACUAGAAAAACUGUGUUUUCAUUCAUAAAAGUUCAAGGGUGAUUUACAAAGACAAACUAAUUGAGCUUUAUAGGCUCGACUACUGGGACUCUCUAACAGUCAUAAAAUGACAUAAGGAAUGAAAUAAAAAUCGAAAUAAUAAACUUGGAAGCAAAGGAAUUGAUGGCUCCAUGAAAACUAGCCGUUGGAGGCUUUAUGGUGAGAAUCUU